AUGGAUUUUUAUUAUUCGCCUUUGGCCGCCACUUGCCGUUCCAUCCUUAUGAUUGGUAAGGCUCUUGGCCUGGAAUUUAACAAGAUCGAAAUAAACGUAGCCAAGGAAGAACAUUUGAAGCCAGAAUUCGCUAAGCUUAAUCCUGAGCACGCCCUUCCUACGAUUGUCGACAACGGAUUUGUUCUGUGGGAGUCCCGUGCCAUUCUUACCUAUCUGAUUGAGAAAUACGGAAAGGAUGAUUCUCUCUAUCCCAAGGAUCCUCAGAAACGCGCUAUUGUGAAUCAACGUCUGUUCUUUGAUAUGGGUACCUUGUAUAAGGCUCUCGGAGAUUAUUACACUCCUCAGUUGCAAAAGAAAGCUCCUGCUGAUCCAGAGCUAUUCAAGAAGGUGGAAGAGGCCCUCGGUUUUCUGAAUGCUUUCUUGGAAGGUCAAAAAUAUGUAGCAGGUGACUCAUUCACUGUUGCUGAUACCGCCAUCUUGGCCACUAUUUCUUCAUUUACCAUUGUAAAACUGGAUUUGACCAAAUACGCUAAUAUUGUGCGAUGGUACGACAAUUGCUCUAAAGUAGCACCCGGUUGGGAGGAGAAUGAGAAGGGUUUGGCUGCAUUGAAGGGAUUUAUCGAAGCAAUGCAGAAAAAGGCCUAA